CCGGCCGCCUUUGCUUGUUGUGCCAGCAGUCAUCAUCCUGGCCCUUUGUCUGAUAUAUGCCCCGAAGAUGCCUCGCAAUGGCCAGGAAAAGCCAAAGCUUGGCUCCUUCUUCGCACAAUCGUGGGCUCUAGUGGCCGUGCAGCUCAUCAACGUGUUCUGCACCAUCUGGAUCUACAAGCGACAUGAUGGGCCACUUCUGACACUCGACACGCCUUCUUUGGUCUCCGACAAAUCAGUGCCUGGUGUUCGGCCCGUUAUAUUAUCUGUACUCUUCUCAAUGAUUACGGUGUUCUACGCCCAAGUUGGAAUGACCGUCAUAUACUCCCGAGUAUCCAAAGGACGAAGUCUCCGAAUGCGGUCGGCCUUAUUCGCAUUGGCUGUCCUUGCAAUCGGUUGGACUGAAGGCUCAUGCGUCUCCUUCGGUCGUCUGUGGCCUGGACACACGUAUGCGCAGGAACUCGAAUGGACGCUUUUGGGGCAGAUCUUCAACACGGUCUUCGACAGCCUUAUGUAUGUGGCUCUCUGCCGUCUUCGCCGGGAAGCUGAUGCAGAUAGGCAACCCCAGCUGUCCAGGUUGAUCUCCAUCGCAUACAUCACGAUCCAUUUUUCUAUAAUAUUGACGAAUCUAAGAGCUUUCGGUAUACUCUUCCGCACGCCCCGUGAUGGAUGGCUUGACCACACCUUGAGGAUUGGUGGUGGACUAGCCGCCUGGAAUAUGCAUUCAGUGCCAUUUUUACUUAUGCGGCGUACGAUCGAAGACGACACGCGGGUCGCAGCUGGCGCAGGAAAUCUCGCUUCGGAGAGUGACCCGAUUGCGGCGGCCAACGACGCCAUGAUGUUAGUAUAUAUUUAGGCUACUGGUUUCUUGCUUGUGUCCGUGGCCUGUACCGAAAUAAUCUCGUUAAUAGGACCGAAGCACUACCACUUGUUGUAAUCUAGGCUUCCGAAACAUAACUU